UGAGACGUCAACCUAACGCUAGAGAAUAACGUACCAAACAGAAGUAAAAAAUUAAGAAAAGGAAAAAAAAGACAACCAAACAAGUCAUAACUGGACAUAAUUAAAGGUAAAAAGAUAAACACAUACAGUUUUAUCAUCAGUGCAAGAGCCCUGAAGUUGUAUCUACAACCCAAAUAAUGUGCCAGCUUCCUGUGAGAGACCUUCUGUGACUAUCGGCAUCUUGUGAGUGACAAACUCUGAGUGUGCUGAAACUUUCCUUUCAAAUGAAUCAUUAAAAAUGUGGAUUGGAAAAUAUUGGCAAUACCAGGCAUGUUAUAUGAUACUAUACUUCAUUCUUUCAUGUCAUAUGGAAGAUCUUAAUGUGAAGACAAAAGGUUGGGUUAUAAAUGCACCAAAAGAAACUAGAGUGCAAGAAGGACUCUGUGCAUACAUUCCAUGUACUUUUACCUACAAUUCUAAUUUGGGGAAUCUAACCGAAGGUUCCCAGGCAACCUGGUUUAAAGGUAAAAACUUUUAUAGUGAUUUAAUUGUGGCAUAUAGAGGUAUUCCAUCUGUUUCCUCUGGCAAAAGUGAACGUUUCUUGGUAACUGGAGAUUUGGAAAAAGGAGACUGCUCUUUAAGCAUCAAUGAUGUGGUGAAAAAAGAUGAAGGAACCUAUCGGUUUAGAGUUGAAGGAAGCCGUCGCUUGAAAUUCAACUAUGUGGAUAUCAUGCCAUUACUUCUUGUAACAAAUCUUACACAAGAACCUGAUAUUUUUCCUUUGGAGAAGAUCAUUGCUGGUGAAGAGGUGAAUCUGACAUGCACCGCUCCGGGGAGAUGCGCUGGUACAGCACCGAACAUCACCUGGCAGGGAAUAGUAAAGAAAAUGAAAUAUAAAACCCAUGUAGAAAAGCACCCGGAUGGCAAUCAUACUUUCUUCUCAAGGGUCAUAUUUACUGCAUCAAUGAAGGAGCACAAUUCAUUGCUGACUUGUAAUGUGAAAUACAUAAAUGAUAUCUCCACCAGUAAAACCAUCACUCUUAAAGUUGAAUCUCCAAAUUCUACUGCUAUAAAUGCUCCUAAUUCCAUUUCUACUGUAGAAUGCAACAGUAUCAAUUACUAUGCCAUCACUGGAAUUGUGAUUAUUAAUAUCCUAAUUCAGAUACUGAUUGGUCUGGGAAUUAUUUGCUAUCUGAAGAAAUCCAGGGACAAACAUCUUGAUAAUGACAACAUAAGAUAUGAGUUAAGGAAUCCAAGUGUUGAAUCUCCAUACCAAGAUCUGAAGCAUCCGACUAAUGAGGUCUACACCAACGUGAUCACAGAAAACUGAAGACGUUGCCUGCAACUUUGAUUAGCUUUCCUAUGUGCUGACUUCCCCUUUAAGCGAUAUUAACAUAUUUUGUCACACUGCUUUAUUACUGCUAUAAAUGUGCGCAUUUUACAGACUGUGAUAUCUUUAAAUAAAACAAAGUAUUCACCUA